UCGGGACUCGGUCGUUUUAGUUUAUAAACUUUCCCUUUGAAAACGGCUUAAAAUACACCAUUCAAGAACCAAGAACCCUAGAAUCACCAAAAAGACUGAUUCGAGUAAAACAUCCAAAUCUGAUCAAAGGUGUAGGAUAUAAAUGAGCACUCAAGUGGCAUCUACAAUGGAAUCGGAAGUAUCGAAUCAGGCUGAUGUCGAAUCUGAAGUGAAGCCUCAAAUGAUUUACAGGUGCAAGAAAUGUCGAAGAAUUGUUGCUUCGCAGGAUAAUAUAGUUUCUCACGAGCGCGGAGAAGGCCAAAAAUGCUUUAAGUGGAAGAAGAGGACCGGAGAUGCAACAAACGGGCCACCCGAAUGUUCAUCUAUUUUUGUAGAACCUAUGAAAUGGAUGCAAGCAGUUGAAGAAGGUAAUGUGGAACAAAAGCUUCAGUGCAUCGGCUGCAAUGCUCGUUUGGGUUCGUUCAAUUGGGCUGGUAUGCAAUGCAGCUGUGGAGCAUGGGUAAAUCCGGCAUUUCAGCUCCACAAGAGUCGUAUGGAUGAAUGUCGGUUUUGAUAUUUCCAACUCGGUACCAAUCUUUUGGUAGAAAUUACAUCUUAGUUCUUAUGCUGGUUUUUUUUCGUUUUGCCAUGUUAUCACGAUAGUAUUUUUUUUUUUUAUAAAAGUAUGCAUAAUAAUA